ACCAUUUUGUUAAAAUGAGAAGCCAAAAUGAAAAAGGAACUCGUGAAUUCACGCGCAUGAGUGUCGGCGCGUAGUUAAUUCAGCACACACUGGGAUGAAUUGUGAUCAGAUCUACCCAGUCACCAUCUCACCCACUCCCACAACCCCUAACUCUUGUAUAAAUAUCCCUACUCUCCUUCCUCUCCAAUUCGUGUCCACCAUUCUUCUCUCUUCUCUAUCACCGGAAGAACCAACCAAUUCGUCUCUUUGAGACCCUUUUGAUUCGGAUCUUCCGUCUUUCUACCUACUUACAGGUACGCCACUUAUUCUUGAGGUUUACCAGGGUUGAAUUCCAUUUGAAACACUGUUCACUUGUCCAGCUGACCCCUUUCUAACUUAACUUUACUACUGAAAUGAAGAUCUGUUGCAAAUUACUUUGCUUUUUCUGUUAAUUCAAUCUUCUGUUGAAAAAAAAUUGAAUCCAGUAAGAAACCAGCUAGAUCUAUAGUUAAACGUCCGUGAUCUGUUCAAAACAUCUCAUUUUCUGUGUACAGUUACGAAUCUUUGCGCGUAGUGACGUAGUGCACUGUACUAGUCUAUGAAAAUGUGUGCGUUCAGCCAUUUUUGGGAUAAUAUAGUUGCUAAGUGGGGCCCAUUACAUUUACGACGAUUGUUGAUUUUUGGGGUUUAAUUGUGGUUCAGUAAAAAUGAAAAACGGUAAUUACAGAUCGUUUAAUUAGAUCAUAAGAUCUUGCAAUUGAUUUCCAAUUGUGCGACUUAUAAUCGACUUAUUUUCAAAACAACGAUAAGAUCUGGUGUUUCUAGGGUUUUAGGAACUGCAGAUCUACUUAUGGAUCUAGGUUUUUUCGUUUAGAUCUAAACUUUUUCUUCAAAUCGGUCCCUGUUCUAAUGAUUCUGUCUGGGUCAUUUAGACUCUGCUUCACUGUAAAAGAACGAAACUCCAAUCUACUUCAGAUUUCUAAAGUCAAUCUAUCCAUUAGAUCAAUGGCAUCUCACAUCGUCGGUUACCCCCGUAUGGGACCCAAAAGAGAGCUGAAAUUCGCUCUUGAAUCCUUCUGGGAUGGCAAGACCACCGCUGAAGAUUUGCAGAAAGUGUCUGCUGAUCUCCGAUCAUCCAUCUGGAAACAAAUGUCCGAUGCUGGCAUCAAGUACAUCCCCAGCAACACCUUCUCUCACUACGAUCAAGUUCUUGACACCACCGCCAUGCUUGGUGCUGUCCCCCCAAGAUACAACUGGAACGGUGGUGAAAUUGGCUUCGACACUUACUUCUCAAUGGCCAGAGGAAAUGCUUCUGUUCCCGCCAUGGAAAUGACCAAGUGGUUCGACACCAACUACCAUUUCAUUGUCCCGGAGUUGGGCCCUGAAGUGAAAUUCUCAUACGCUUCCCACAAGGCUGUGAAUGAGUACAAGGAAGCUAAAGCUCUUGGAGUUGAUACUGUCCCAGUCUUUGUUGGCCCAGUCAGCUACUUGUUGCUAUCCAAACCCGCAAGAGGGGUAGAAAAGACUUUUGAUUUCCUAUCCCUUCUUGACAAAAUCCUUCCAAUCUACAAGGAAGUUAUUGCUGAACUAAAGGCAGCUGGUGCUUCAUGGAUCCAGUUUGACGAAGCUACCCUUGUGAAGGAUCUUGAACCCUACCAAUUGGAAGCAUUCACCAAGGCUUACUCUGAUCUUGAAUCCACAUGCUCUGGUCUUAAUGUCAUUGUAGCCACCUACUUUGCUGAUAUUCCAGCUGAUGCAUUCAAAACCCUCACCACAUUGCCAGGAGUUACAGGCUACACCUUUGACUUAGUUCGUGGUGAAAAGACUCUUGAGUUGAUCAAGUCCAGCUUCCCUUCAGGCAAAUACCUUUUUGCUGGAGUUGUUGAUGGAAGAAACAUCUGGGCUAAUGACCUUGCUGGAUCUCUCUCUGUUCUUGAAUCCCUCGAGGGUAUUGUUGGAAAAGACAAACUUGUUGUCUCUACCUCUUCUUCACUCCUCCACACUGCUGUGGAUCUUGUGAAUGAAACCAAAUUGGAUGACGAAAUCAAAUCUUGGCUCGCAUUCGCUGCUCAAAAGGUUGUGGAAGUCAACGCUUUGGCAAAGGCCCUCGUUGGUCAAAAGGAUGAAGCAUUCUUUGCUGCCAAUGCUGCAGCUCUUGCCUCAAGGAAGUGUUCCCCAAGAGUCAACAAUGAAGCUGUCCAGAAGGCUGCGGUUGCUUUGAGAGGUAACGACCACCGUCGUGCCACCAAUGUGAGUGCUAGAUUGGAUGCCCAACAGAAGAAGCUCAACCUUCCAAUUCUCCCCACCACCACCAUUGGUUCUUUCCCACAAACCAUUGAACUCAGGAGAGUUAGACGUGAAUACAAGGCCAAAAAGAUCUCUGAGGAAGAGUAUGUUAAGGCCAUCAAGGAGGAAAUCUUCAAAGUUGUCCAACUACAAGAGGAGCUUGACAUUGAUGUUCUUGUCCAUGGAGAGCCAGAGAGGAAUGAUAUGGUUGAGUACUUUGGUGAGCAAUUGUCUGGCUUUGCCUUCACUGCAAACGGAUGGGUGCAAUCCUACGGUUCUCGGUGCGUGAAGCCCCCAAUCAUCUACGGUGAUGUCAGCCGCCCCAAGGCCAUGACCGUCUUCUGGUCCACCAUGGCUCAGGAAAUGACCAAACGCCCCAUGAAGGGUAUGCUCACCGGUCCAGUCACCAUUCUCAACUGGUCCUUCGUCCGUAACGACCAACCUAGAUUCGAAACUUGCUACCAGAUUGCUUUGGCCAUCAAGGACGAAGUCGAGGAUCUUGAGAAAGCCGGAAUCACCGUCAUCCAAAUCGACGAGGCGGCCUUGAGAGAAGGUUUGCCACUCAGGAAAGCCGAACACGCUUUCUACCUAGACUGGGCGGUGCACUCCUUCAGAAUCACCAACGUUGGCGUCCAGGACACCACCCAGAUCCACACACACAUGUGCUACUCCAACUUCAAUGACAUCAUCCACUCUAUCAUUGACAUGGAUGCUGAUGUCAUCACGAUUGAGAACUCGCGAUCUGAUGAGAAGCUUUUGUCGGUGUUCCGUGAGGGAGUGAAGUAUGGAGCUGGAAUUGGGCCCGGUGUGUAUGACAUCCACUCUCCAAGAAUACCAUCAAUGGAGGAGAUUCAUGACAGAAUCAACAAGAUGCUUGCGGUGUUGGAGACUAACAUCUUGUGGGUCAACCCUGACUGUGGGCUGAAGACCCGUAAGUAUGGUGAGGUCAAGCCUGCUCUUGAAGCCAUGGUUACAGCUGCCAAGAAGCUUCGUGCUGAGCUGGCAAAGUGAGAGGAGUUUUGGUUUGGUGGAGGACAGGAUGAUGAUGAUGAGGAUACGAUUUUAUGAUACACAACUUUAAUAACUGUGGUUUAGGUUUUGGUGUUUAGUCUUUGUCUUGAAGUGAAGAUGGCAUUUUGUUUUUAUGUUGUUUUUGGGCCUCUUUUUGGCUUUUGUUGUUCAAGAUUUGUGUACCUUGUUGAGGUCUAUGAAAUUUUAAUGAAGAUAUUUUGUUGGUUUGCAAAGAAAAACUAUUGCAUUUAAAUAUGAAAUUAUUAAAUCAAGUCUGAUAUGGGUUCAUUGGUGUUGUAAUAAAAUUUUAUAGGUGAUAUUGUAUAACCCAGGC